UGGGCGGUGAAUCACGUGAUACAACAGGCUCAAAAUCUACAAAUAACUGCGCCUCAAUCCACCCAUCAUCAAAAGCAUGUCUGUGUCGAGGCACGGAAAAUGUAAAGAAGUCUGGUCCAGUAUUUGAAAUUCAUGUUAUUAGAGAGAUAUCUACCAAAUUACGGCUUAUAUCCCGCGCGGUCAAAGUAAAGCGUGUCGGGCUCUUCACAUCACGUGCUUCAAACCUCCGGCUUGGCAUUAAAUUCGUCCGCAGAUUUCUCGAUACUUGCUUAACAACCGCGUUCUUCACUUUCGGUUUUAACAUUGCGUUGCUCCACCGUCGAAUUGUUGUGGGUGGGUUUAAUAUUCAAAAUUUCUUGUUCUUCCCGACUCGAGAUAUCACGGCAAAAUGAUCUGCCAGCGCUGCCGGUCUAGCAUCCUGACCCGACUCCAACCUCACACUGUGGUCCGGUCUGCGUCGGGCAGCCUUCCAUUUCAACGCAGUCAAUUCCGCAGCUACAGCGAUGCAAAGCCCACGGUAUUGGCUACUCCCUCGCCUCCAACACCUCGCCAGCCCGCUGGCGCCGAUAUUACCAUCCCAUCUGCAGCUACCCCUGGCGUGUCGCAACCCUUGAGCACACCCGAAGGGGUUCAGGUCGAUGCGAACUCCGCGAAAUCUCCCAAGCCAGCCAUUGAACGGGCUCCCAGCUCCUGCCCCUCUGGAAGCAAGCUUCAAGGCCUCAACUACUUCAAGAACAAGCCGGAUGUCCUCGCUCUGGAAGACUCAGAGUACCCCGAGUGGUUGUGGUCAUUGUUGGAUGAUUCAAAGAAGGAGGCUAAGAAGGGCGGCGUGGAUCCGAGCACCCUGAAUAAGAAGCAGCGCAAACGUUAUGAGAAGAAGAUGGCAGCCCGGGCCGCAACGCUGCCCCCUCAAAUUCCAGUCCACCAUCAUGCCACGGAUAUUACGCCUGCUGCCUACAACCGUGGUGAGGGUGCUCCCAGAGAUUCAUUACUGGAUGCAGCCGAGAGUCUCGAGAAGCGUGGUGAGAUCACAAAGAGUGCUAGAGAGGCCCGGAGGAAGGCAAUCAGGGAAGCCAAUUUCUUGCGUGGUCUCUGAUUUGUUUUAUUCAACGUACGCAUUUGGGCUGCGCAGCUUCGGACACCCUGGCAUCACGGUUCCAACAUGGCUAACUGUACAAUUAUGGCUAACCUCGGUGUAUAAAUACCUGUUGAGAUUUCUUCUUUUUCCAUGUAUUUUACGGGAUACUUGUACUUCUUUCUUGUUUUCAUUCCCAGAAAAGGCGCUAAAUGCAACUUCAUUUGAAAUGGACCUUUACACUA